AUGGCAUCAGAGAAGCCAUGGACCAUCAUUGUCGGUGCCGGUCCGUCUGGCCUGCUGCUGGGUCUGAUGCUGGCAAAGAAAGGUGUCACCGUCCAUGUACUGGAAGCUUCAAGUGAAUUAGACGACUCUCCUCGUGCAGCUUACUAUGGCCCUCCAGCGGCCUACGAGUUACGACGUGCCGGAGUCAUUGACGACGUGCGAAAAGAAGGGUUCGACCCGGUAAAGACAUGCUGGAGAAAACUUGACGGCACCUAUCUCGCCGGGUUUGACAACAGUCUCAUGCACCAAGACCCAGAUCGACUGGCGUGUCUGCCAUUGGCUCAACUCGACCGCUUGCUCUACAGACACGCCAUCCAGCAACCCACUCUGAAAGUGUUCUUCAACCACAAAGUGGUGGACGUCGGUCAGGACGACGAGAAGGCAUGGGUGGAUGUAGAAACACCAGAGGGCCAGAAACGCCUCGAGGCAACGUACAUCGUGGGCUGUGAUGGUGCAUCGAGCACCGUCAGAAGAAAGUUGUACGGGGCGAAGGAUUUCCCUGGUUAUACCUGGGACAAACAGAUCGUGGCAACCAAUGUGGCCUACCCCUUCGAAAAAUUCGGAUAUGACGAUGCCAACUUCUUCAUUCACCCCGAGCACUGGCACAUGGUCGCCCGUCUCACCAAGAAUGAGGACGGCAGCGGCUGGUGGCGUGUCAGCUACGGAGAGAUUUCUGGACUCACUCGAGAAGAGCUCAUCGCCCGGCAGCCCAUGAAAUUCGAGGCGAUGUUGCCGGGCCACCCCAAACCCGGAGAGUAUGACCUGGCGGCGAUCAGCCCAUACAAGAUUCAUCAGCGUUUGGUGGAGAAGAUGCGAGUUGGUCGUUUCAUGCUCGCCGCAGAUGCUGCACACAUCUGCAACCCGUUUGGCGGCCUCGGACUCACCGGUGGGCUCGUGGAUAUUGGAGGCCUCUAUGACUGCCUGAUUGGCGUUUAUGAGGGGAAAGCAGACGAAAGUAUACUCGAUAAGUACUCGGAAAUGCGGCGGCAACGAUAUCAGACAGUCACGGACCCCAUUUCCACGGAGAAUAUCAAGCGAUUGUUUGACCAGGACCCAGACAAGGCUCUCGAGAAUGACUCGUUCUUGAAGCUGCUCAAGGAUAUGGAGGGCGAUGUAGAGGCGCAGCGAGAAUUUAUGCGGUCACCAAUGGCCCUUCGGUACGACUUUACUCAACAUUACAACGACAGCGCUGCGAAGAACGGAACUCAGGCAAGUGGUGUGAAGAACGGAGCAGUCACAUCACACGUGGAACAGGUUGCUGCACCGGGAACGGAUUGA